GAGUGUCGGGACAGCAAAGAUGUCCGCGCUCAUUUGAAAAACCUGCUGUAGCCAAAUCCACAGUUUGGCAGCUGGUCCGAGUUGUUUUAAUGUUGGCGCUGGUGACGACGUUGUGCUCAAGCAAGGAUCAUACAAAGGAAAGAAAAGGACUCCGCGACAAGAGCCAGACUAUUCCUUAUUAUCAGGAUUUCCCUUUUCAGAUUAAAGUUGUGCAUCACUGGCAUGACAAUAGGUGUUUCAUAUUAAGGAUUUGGAUGUUUUUACGACACUUGGUAGAGAAAUAAUGCUGAUAUCUGGAACUCAUGUCGGAAGUCGUGUAUGAAGAGACAGCCACGAUGAUCGCCGCAGGGGAAUUGCAGUCGUUUGUCCCAUUUGGCCGCGAGCACUGCAGGAACCAUCCAAAUGCCUUCAACCUGCAGCUCAGAGAGCUCCAGCCCGCCUCCGAGCUCUGGUCGUCAGAUGGUGCCGCCGGCCUGGUGGGGUCCCUGCAGGAAGUUAGUCUGCAGGAGAGAGAGAGGGAAUGCUGGCAGCUUAGAAAAGGGUGCAUGAGAGUCAGGGAGGAGGAUGUGGAGUUCGAAGAGGAGCUCUACACAGCAGGAACCGUCGUCGUCUGGAGCCAGGGCAGCCGGACCCAAGCCUCCAACGUGUACAAGGCCUUCACCGUCGACAGCCCAGUGCAGCAGGCCUUAUGGUGUAACUUUGCUGUUCCUAAGAACAAGAAAGAGGAGGAGGAAGUGGAGCAGACUGUGUGUAUCGUCCAGAGUAGCUGUGUCAAUGUUCACACAGUGACCGGGAAGGAUUUCAUAUCACCGCUACCCUUCCAGGUCUCAAAUGUCUGGGCAACCAAAUUUGGACUUUUGUUGGAAAGAAAAAACGCAGCGACCGAUGCACAACUUGGCGCCCCCGGGGAACCUCUGCCUACAGUGUUCAGCAUGCUGCAUCCUGUAGACGAGAUUGCACCAGUAGUGUGUAAACCUACAGGUCUGUUUGAAGGCUCCCGUGUGCAGUAUGCGUCUGACGCCAACAUGAAGAUAGUGUUCAGCUGCUGUCAGCCCUCUGUCGUUGUCUCCUAUGAUACUGUACAGGGAAUACACUCCGUCUGGGCCCUGCGCAAGGUCACGCCUGAUGAACGUUCUACUGUCCUGCGGUGUACAGCGGAUCCAGUUGGCACGCCGUUGGGUCUGAUGGCAUCGGGCUUCCUGACCUCUCACCUACGUAAUAUCUCCCGCCUGGAUUCCCCUGGUGGCAGUGGGGCAACCGGGCUUGGUCCCAGUACUGGAACAAGUUGUGCUGUUGGUACCAGCUCUCCUCUCCACUACAGCGCUCUGCACAGCCACCAGAGCAGGGUCAUAACGUCUUCACCAGGAUUACACUCUCGUGUUCAUUCCCCGAGUAUAUCCAACAUGGCCGCCCUCAGCCGUGCCCACUCUCCAGGAAUGGCGGCUCCGUCCUUUUCGGGUGCUUCUCGUUUUAACACUUCUUUCCACAGCCCAUCCCCGAGGGGGCACCAUGGCUUGUUAUCCUCUCCCAACAGCACGGUCAAUGAGACGGUGCUGGUGCCCGAGAUGGAGCCCAUUGUACCCGACCUCUGCAUGGAGCAGCUGUGGAGUGAGACGGUCACAGCUGGCUGUCACAGGGAGAUGAGCAGCCAGGCGUCUAAAGUAUUCCUGACCUCUGACCUCUGUGAGAACCGCUACCUCUGUUUCCUGGUGGAGUCUCACCAACAGCUCAGAUGUGUGAAGUUUAUUGAGAGCAACGAUACGUCUCAACUCAUCUUCACCUCCGUCACAACCAUCCCUGCCAAAGAUGCAGAGCCACUGCAGAAUAUAGAUGCCAUGCUGGUCCUGGAGGCCUGUGGCAGUCUGGUUCUCUACACAGGAAUCACCAGGGUCAGUAAGGUGUUUGUCCAUGGCCUCCUGUCGCCCCCUUUCAGUCUCACAAACCACCUCCCUCACCUGAGCACGCCGAUGGACAGUGUUAGCACGCCGGCUAACGCUGGCAGUAGGCACCUCCAAAGACUGGAUGAGGCCGCUAUGCCCUCACCAGUGUCAGAGCUGAGGGGUCCAAACAUUAAACACCACGAAGCUUCGUUUUUGGAAGAUUACACUUUCCAACAAACCACGCCUUACAUCCAUGCCUUGCGGGACCCUGUCUGCAACCGGGUCACUCUGGAACUAAGCAGUGGCUCAAUGAUGAGGAUCUCCAUCCCAGAGAUUGCUACCUCAGAGCUCGUGAGGAAAUGCCUUCAGGCUAUUCGUUUCAUCCUGCCCAAAGAAGCUGCCAUGAAGGUUUUGGUAAAGUGGUAUAACAUCUACAACGCCCCUGGUGGUCCCAGUGCUCAUGCGGAGUGGAACCUGUUUGUCACCUGUUUCAUGACACUGAUGGGCUACAACACAGAGCGCCUGACCUGGACACGAAAUCUGCAUUUUGAAGUGCCUCUCUCUCCAGUGAUUGCAGCCAAGAAGGCUCGUCCCUCUGACGGAGGCUCUGAUGAGGACUGGGACUACUUAUUGGGGUCUCAUUACCACCAUCAGAUGAAUUCCCAGCCUGUCUGCGGUCCAGUGGACUCCAGUGGCUCCAACAAUACUGUCAUAACGGACACUGAUGGCCUGUCCUCUGUGUCCUCUCCCUCCUGUCCACCUCUAAAGUUGGACAGUUCAGCGCCUCUCUUCCCUCACAUUCCUUCUCUUUUCUAUGUUCUCCAUCUGCUCUAUCAAGAGCUGCAGCUGGACGAGCUGCAGAGAGCGAGAGCCUCAUUGCUCGUCUGUCUGCUGCAACAGCUGGCCAGAGACCUCCAGUUGGAAGAGUACAUGGAUCUGUACUGGAGAGAUUACCCUUCCUUAAUUAGUGGCUUCAAUGAGAGCUGCCUCAUAGACCAGGUCCUCUGUUUUCCUCACCCUCCAUCUUUCUAUCCCUCGACAGCUCUGUUUGGUCAGAUGCAGCGUCCGUCCUUCCUGAGGGCAGAUCCUCCCUGUGUGCUCAGCUGGCUCAGUAGCUGUCUAAGAGGGGAGGAGAUCCUGCCUUUCCCCUACCUGCCCGGAAUCUGUCAGAGGACCAGGCUGCUGGUUCUGAGUUAUGCUCUCUACAUCACUGAAGAUGAAAAUGCUACUUCGACAGACGUAUCAAAGUACCUGGCCAAGCUCUCUGCAGGCCAGAAGUCUUGUGCCAGUGAACCUCAGUGCAGAAGACAGAGCAGUGGGAAGGUGAGGGGUUGCAGUGGGAGUCUGGCUGAGCAGCUGGUGGUCUGGCUCACCUCAGAAGGUUUCACCUUGAAGGACUUGGAGUCAGUCCCCUUCGGCGUGGCUUUGCCUAUCAGGGAGGCCAUCUACCACUGCCGGGAGCAGCCAUGUUCUGAUUGGUCAGAGGAGGUCUGUCUGCUGAUUGGGCGACAGGAUCUGACCAAACAAGCCCACAAGAUGACCCUGGGCAAGAGCAAAGCAUCCGUAGGUUCAGGUCUGUCCUUGGAGCCUCCUGCGACCACAGAGGCAGAUGAGGAGGAAGAUGGGAUGUCGGACAUUAUUCAAGAGGUCACAGGACUGAUCUGGAGUCAGGAUCUGAGGGUCCAGGAGGUCAGGAGGCUCCUGCAGAGCUCCAGGCCGGUCCGGGUCAGUGUUGUCCAGUUACCAGAAGUUUCUGACCAUGAGUACAUUGAGGAGAAAGAGAACAAACUCCUGCAGUUGUGUCAGAGGACCAUGGCUCUUCCGGUUGGCAGAGGCCUUUUCACUCUCUUCUCCUAUCACCCUGUACCGACGGAACCUUUACCUGUCCCAAAACUCAACCUGACAGGCCGUGCUCCUCCCAGAAACACUAUGGUAGAUCUGAACAGCGGGAACAUUGAUGUUCCUCCCAAUAUGACCAGCUGGCCCAGCUUCCAUAACGGAGUAGCUGCUGGACUCAAAAUAGCCCCAGCUUCACAGGUGGACUCAGCCUGGAUAGCCUACAACAAGCCAAAGAGCCCUGAGCUGGCUAAUGAGUAUGCAGGCUUCCUCAUGGCCCUGGGCCUCAAUGGACACCUCACUAAGCUGGCCACGCUCAAUAUACAUGACUACCUCACCAAGGGCCAUGAGAUGACCAGCAUCGGGCUCCUUCUGGGUGUGUCUUCAGCCAAACUGGGCACCAUGGACAUGUCAAUUACCCGCCUGCUUAGUAUACACAUCCCUGCCCUUCUCCCACCCACCUCCACUGAGCUGGACGUGCCACACAAUGUUCAGGUUGCUGCUGUAAUUGGCAUCGGGCUGGUGUACCAGGGAACAGGACACAGACAUAAUGCUGAAGUCUUGCUGUCUGAGAUAGGUCGACCUCCUGGUCCAGAGAUGGAGUACUGCACAGACCGGGAGUCCUAUUCACUUGCUGCUGGACUAGCCCUGGGCAUGGUCUGUCUGGGGCAUGGCAGUAACCUGAUUGGGAUGACAGACCUGAAUGUCCCUGAGCAGUUGUAUCAGUACAUGGUGGGGGGCCACCGCAGAGCUCAGGCCGGGGCCAAUAGGGAGAGACACAAGUCCCCCAGCUACCAAAUCAAGGAGGGCGACACUAUAAAUGUCGAUGUGACGUGUCCAGGGGCCACACUGGCCCUCGCCAUGAUCUACCUCAAAACCAACAACAGGUCGAUUGCUGAUUGGCUGAAACCUCCAGAUACUUGGUUCCUACUGGAUUUCAUCAAACCAGAGUUUCUGCUGCUGAGGACUCUUGCUCGGUGUAUUAUCAUGUGGGAUGAAAUCCUGCCUAAUACUGAGUGGGUCAAGAGCAACAUACCUCAGAUCAUGAGGGGGACUUUUGACCCUUCAGAAGACAUUAACAUGGAGACAAUGGCCCAAGCCCAAGACUACAUUACUGCCGGGGCUUGUAUGGCACUGGGCUUACGCUUCGCCGGCUCUGCCAACUCUGAUGCCUUUGACUGCCUCUAUGAGUUUGCCAGGAACUUCAUGAAGAUCAUGUCCUUUGCUGGUACUGCUGCUGUUCAGACGGGCUAUUACAACCUGCAGACUGGUCUGUCAAUGAUUCUGCUGGCUAUGUCCAUGGUGAUGGCCGGCACUGGGAACCUGAAGGUACUGCAGCUCUGUCGCUUUUUCCACAAGCGAACCGGCGGCGAGAUGAACUACGGCUUUCACAUGGCUCAUCACAUGGCGCUGGGUCUGCUCUUCCUGGGAGGGGGCAGGUACACCCUGAGCACCUCCAAUUCAGCCAUCGCUGCUCUGCUGUGUGCCCUGUACCCACACUUCCCUGCUCACAGUACUGACAACCGCUACCACCUGCAGGCCCUGCGGCACUUGGCUGUGCUGGCUGCAGAGCCACGCCUGCUGGUCCCUGUGGACGUGGACUCCCUGAAGCCCUGCUACGCCCUCAUAGAGGUCACCUACAAGGAAACCAAGUGGUACGAUGAGACGACCGUACAGUUGAUGGCUCCCACCAUGCUCCCUGAGCUGCACCUUCUCAAACGGGUAAAGGUGAAGGGGCCACGAUACUGGGAACUGUCUGUAGACCUCAGCAAAGAAACGCAGCAUCUAAAGUCCAUCCUGUCCAGAGAUGGGGUGUUGUAUGUAAAACUACGGGCUGGCCAGCUGCCCUACAAAGAUGACCCUCAAGGCUGGAAGAGCUUGCUGGCCUCCGCCGUCAACCACCGCAACUCUGGAGUCAGAGCCUUCAAGCCUGAAGCCAUCUCUACAUUCACGUCAGAGCCUGCCUUGGUCUCCUUUGCAGAGUUCUUCUGUAAAACAUCUGAAGGAAUGAAACACAGAGAGGAUACUCUGGUGUUGUUUUCGGCGAUGCUGUAUGAAUGUGUGACACAGGAAUUUCCUGAGAUGCUGCCCACAUAUAUUGCUAUUGAGCAGGCGGUGAGUGCUCUGCGUCGGGGUGACCUGCUGCAGACCUUCCCCCUGUGGCAGAUGCGUCUGGUGGUGGAGCUAUGGGACAGCAGGGUGCUGCGAGGCCCCGCAUACAGCGAUGACGCCCUGCUCACCUCCGAAUUUCUGCCCGUCAUGAAGAACAUGGUGGAUGUAGCACUCGACAGCUGGCUCAAAGACAACAGCUCAGUGUUGAGGUCCUACAUGAGGGGUGAAGCCCUCCCUAAGGACGCCCAGUCCAUGGUGUUGGCCUGCUUUCUGGUGUACCGCUCCAUCCCAUGCCUCAGGAACACACACACACAGCUGGAGGGCUGCAGCUCAUUUGGGGAUUUAUUGUCACGCAGCACCCAGCUGGGCAUCCCUCUCAGAGACCUGCUGAGGCUGGUACCCGUCCUGCUGGGCUCCGCAUCCGGACCACAGACACUGCAUGGCUUCCCUCAGCAAGCAUUUUGAUCCUGAUGCUCAGUACUAGUCAACUGGCUAGUACCCUCUCAGAGAUGCAGUCCCAUAGCCUUACGUUUCCCACUGCGAGCACAGGUAGGACAGAUAACUGAUCACUACCUGUAACACCUGCGGGUGUGUGCGGCAAGAGGGACCAAAUGUGACUAUAAGAGGUCUUGUGUCGUACUGCGGCAUGGCUGCUCUGCCUCUGAGAAGAAGUGUUUGGAAAAUACAAACUUUGUUUCCUUCUCAGUCACUAGUAAAUGGAAAGAACUAAUAUUAGAGUUUUGUAAUAUAAUAUUUCUAUUUAGGUUUUUUUUUUACACUAUAAAGACAGGUUGGCUGCAGUAACUAUGCAGUACAUAUGCCAUUUUUGUGGUAUAACAAAUCCAGAAUUGGGACUAACUGGCUCAAAAGUCAUGUGGCAGACAAUUUUGUUCACUGCCAAACAGGGAAGGACUGGUCAGUGCAAAGUGAAAAGGGUUUGGCUGUAGUCGCACCAGUGUCCACCCUGACUGUGAGGGCUCUCCUGAGUUCAGACCACUGUGUUGUGAGGACGAGAGGACAAAGACAAGACAAUAAAGUACCUGCACGCUUCAUGAA